CGCGGUCUUGUGUUGUGUCCGAUAUGUGCCUCCUUGGGCCGAAGCGCGUGCUGGCCCAGGCCAGAGCCUGGAUAGGGACACGCGUGCCCGAAUACAAUUCCAAGUUAAAUUUCUGGUGCUGAUAAUAAAAAAGAGGCUAAUCGAGAAGUGCAGAGUUUGUUGAGGCUUCGAGAGCCAAGGGGGUGGCAACCCUUAAGAGGGGACUGCGGUCAACCUCUGUAGAAGCGGAAUUGCCAACUUUUCUUCAUGGCGGCAAUCCAAAUCGAGUUCCUCACAUCGUCAAAAAAAUUUUCCUGUUCCCUCAAAAAAAAAUGUUAGUCUGGAAGAAUUAAAGGCGAUUUGAAUGGCGUGCAAAAGAAAACGCAAAAAGCAGACGCCGGAAAUGAAAAAAGUCUUGCUUACAUUUCUGAAUAUGGUGUAACAUGUGAAGGUGUGGUGUUGAAAAACAAAAAACUUUAAAGUGAGUGAGUUUUUGAGAUGAAUUUGAGUGAUCUUGCGUCAAGCUGAAGAUUAAAGUAGAAAAGCGCAAGAAGCGACCCAGAAGUCGGCGGAACAGGUGGCCGAUGGUCUCGGCAAUGAUUGGAUACAAUCAACACAAUUCGGGCUACAACAAGCUGUUCACCCAGGGCUCGGCGGAUUCAAACUACUCACAGCCGAGCUCAGACCUCUCAUUGGAUGAGGAAAGAGAAACAUUACGCCGGGAGAAGGAGAAACAGGCCCUCAAUCAACUUGAAAAAGCUAGGACGAAACCGGUAGCAUUUGCAGUAAGAACAAAUGUCAGUUAUGAUGGAUCUGUCGACGAUGACUCGCCUGUUCAUGGGUCCGCUGUCAGCUUCGACGUGCGGGAUUUUCUCCACAUCAAGGAGAAGUACGACAACAAUUGGUGGAUCGGGAGACUGGUUAAGGAGGGCUGCGACGUGGGAUUCAUCCCUUCGCCGGUGAAGUUGGAGGCCCUGAGGGUGCAAGCGAGCGCGGCACGCGGUACCAAGGGCCUCUAUUCCACACGUGGAGGGUCUUCGGGGAACCUUGGUGAGAGCGGUAUGCCCUCACGAGGUUCCACACCGCCCACACCAGGUGAUGACAGCGACAGCGUGGGAAAUAUCCGUCCGGGUAAAGCAACGCUGACGACUCCUCCGGCCAAGGAAAAAAGAAAGAACUUCUUCAAGAAGCCGGAAACGGCUACACCUUACGAUGUGGUACCUUCAAUGAGGCCCGUCGUGUUGGUGGGACCAUCUCUCAAAGGCUACGAAGUCACCGACAUGAUGCAGAAGGCGCUUUUUGAUUUUUUGAAACACAGAUUUGCAGGAAGAAUCAUCAUAACGAGGGUAAUGGCAGAUAUUUCACUGGCGAAGAGGUCUUUGCUAAAUAAUCCAACGAAAAGAGCUAUCAUGGAGCGAUCAUCCAGUAGAAGUAGUUGUUUAGCAGAAGUCCAAGCCGAGAUCGAGAGAAUAUUUGAGCUCGCUAGGACACUUCAGCUUGUCGUUCUCGACUGCGAUACAAUCAACCAUCCGUCACAGUUAGCGAAAACGAGUUUGGCACCUACCAUCGUCUAUCUGAAGAUCUCUUCGCCUAAAGUUCUGCAGAGAUUGAUCAAGUCUCGUGGCAAAUCACAGUCACGUCACUUGAACGUUCAGAUGGUGGCGGCCGAAAAACUUGCUCAAUGUCCUGACGAUAUGUUUGAUGUCAUCUUGGAUGAAAAUCAGCUAGACGAAGCUUGCGAGCACGUUGCCGAAUAUCUGGAAGCUUAUUGGCGGGCGACGCAUCCUCCGGUUGUGCAAGCUGUUCCACGUUCUAUGCCCGCACCGGACGCUCCUGUGGACGCACUUUCACCACGGGUCACAUCAGGUGACCAUCAUGAGAAUUACUACGGCCACGAGCCAAGAGGGGCUGGGACGUACAACAGAAGAUCACGCCUCGAGAGACUGGAACGCGAUCGUGGAGAUCGAGGAGAUCACGAAUAUGGAACCGAAGAAGAAUUCGAGUACAGCGCGUCGCGACGUCGUCAACAAGAUCCUCGCGCUCUAGAUGCCAUUUAGGACCCGGGGCCCCGGGGCCUGUCGCUAGGGCGAUGUCCCCAUUUGCGAACUACCGCCCUCUAGAGUUUAGAACAGGCCUGUCGGCGAGGCGAAAUUUCAGAAAUAUGCGUCGAAGCGGCUCGAAUCACUGAUGUGAGUUUUCCACCUCCAGUUUCUACACCCGAGCUCACUUUAGUGAGCAGAGAGAAGUGGUGGGGGAAACGCACCAUCUGCACUUUGAGUAAAUUUGUCUCGCUGACCAGGCCUAGUUUAGAGUAUCGGUCGUUCAAUUGGACCUCUCCUUCCUCGAAGAAUUUUUCACUUUUAUCAAAUUCUUGCUUCCAAUUUGUAUUUCCAGAAAGAAUUAUUAGAAGCAUGUUCUUUCAUCGAUUUCUGCAAAAAUGAUCGAAGUUGAAUUUGAAUCAAAUUUUCUGUGAAAAACUUUCAACAACGCUCGGAUACGUAUCCAGAAUUUUGUUCACCGGUCUGCAGAAGAGCAGAACUGUGGUAAAAAAAUCGUCCUGGGUUCGAAUCUCAGCAGGGUUGAAAUACGUCCCUUUUUUUACAGAAAAUUUUAUUUAGUUUCUUAUUUUUAAAUUUCUAUCUUGUCCUAGGGACAUUAAAGUGUUUCUUAGAUUGGAUUAGUCAAAUCUUCUGUUAGAACUCAUCAGAAUUUAGAUUCUCUUGAAGGCUAAUGAUGAAUGAAAAACAUCAGCAUUUUUUUUUGUUUCUAUAAAGAGGACUUUUAUUAUUUUCGAAAAUUCGGCGAAGUGGAGCGUCGACCACUUGAUGAACACAAACGCAGCAAAAUAUUCCUCCAAUCGUAUAUAUGUAUGACAAUGAUAAGCACAAUGCGGAUGAGCAGUACGUACACUCAGAAAAAAAGUUUGCUUGAAUCAAAAAAACAGUUUGCUUGGAUAUAAAUUGAAAUUUGGCGGAAUCGAAAUUGUUUUUAGUCAGCAAAUUUUUUCUGAGUAUAAAAAAGGAUGCAAACGCGGAAAGAGCCCUUUCGAAUUGAGUCCUUUCGGGCCCCGUACCAAAUUUCACAAACUUAUCGCGUAUCCCAUGGAAAGUAUUCGAUCGAUAUUCCAUCAAAAAAGCAACUCGUUAACCAGGGUAUCAUCGAGUAGUUUUAUAAACAAAUUCUAGAUCCUUUAGGACAAUUAAAUUCUUUUCUAGACUAAAUUCAUUCUAGCGCGAAGAGAAAAUCGCAAAGCCGCAAAGACUUUUGACGAAGAAGGAGUACUUGAGUAAAGAAAGUUUUUGAAUGUACAUCAUGCGCCAAAUAUGAUGUACACGGGGCUGCUAAGUUUAUAAAGUUUAUUAGGAUCUUUAAAUAAAUUCGUACGCAGAGAGGCUCGCGCUCUUUUGCAAAUAUACGUACACAAUACACACACUCAUCACAAAACUCGUGUAUAUAGUAUAUAUACAAUAUACUUCGAUACCUCCAUAUUAAAAGAAAACCUUUGGAGUGUAUGACCAGUCUGGUCCCAACUGAAAAUUCCUGUGCAGGAACCUCAGAAGCUCCUGCACAUGUUCCUGCACAUGAACCUACAGACGAAACCUAUACAGGCUUCUGUACAGGUUCUUUUGCAAAGUAAAUUGAGGCGCAGGUUCCUGUACAGAAACGUGUAUAGGAUCCCUUACAACCUUAUGGAAAGCCAUCAAAAGAACUUUCGAAAGGAUCUUAUAUAGAAUUGGGUAUAGGCCCCUUUACAAAAAUCCUUUACGAAGAAUCAUGCACAGGUUCCUGAAGACGAUCCUGUACAUGAACAAGUUCCUGCACAGGAAGCUUCGAGAUUGUGUUUCAAGGUUGUGUGCAGGUUCGCCUACAGGAACAUGUGCAGGAUCCUCCGAGGAACCUGUACAGGAAUUUUCGGAUGGGGUUGUCUGAAAAAAACUAUCCUUCUUCUUGAAUAGGUCCUUUGUUUGAGUCUUGAUACUCGGUGAUAAAUGCUAAAUAAAACAGCAGACGGUUCUGUUUAUUAAUGCACUAUGGAUCAGUAUAUUAUUUAGAAUUUAUUUUACGUUCCUGUUUUAUUAUUCUGGAUUUUGGGAUGACUAGUCGACUAUUUUUUGUAAACUUGGCUCGUCCCGAAUUUUUGGGGCGAUUAUUCCCGUCCCAUUUUCAACUCCCUUAAUUUUUCGGGACGACUUUUUAACUUGAAUUCCCUCAAAUUCUCGGAGUCUCACAAUUUCUUGAACACUUCCUAAUUCAAUUUAAGGAAUUUUAAGGACUUCCAAAUAAUAAUCCAAAGAAUUCAGAGAAAUUAAUUGAGAUUAGAAGUAUGCAGGGAUUUUAGAUAACUUAGGAAAUUCAAGAAAUUCAAGAAAUCUAAAUAAUUCAAGGAAUUCGAAGGAUUUAAAAAUGAUGUGAUAAAAUUAGAAGGAUUCUCUAAGUUUAGAAUGAUUUAAGGAGUUCAGAAAGUUUAAAAGAAUUCAAGGCAUUUAAAUAAUAAAGGCAAUUCCAAGAACUGAAAGAAUUCGUAGAAUUCUAGAAUUUUAAGGAAUGCUAAAAUUUCAAGGAAUUCAGGUAAUUCAGGACGUUUUUGAAAUUCAGAAAACUAUUAAGAAUUCAUGGGAUUUAGACAAUUAUGGAAACGGUGAUGAUUAGAUAAUUAAAAUAAUUCAAUAAAUUUCAAUAAUUCAAUCAAUUCUAAUAAUUGGAUGAGUUUCAAAAAUUCUAGAACUUCUAAGAAUUUAAGGUAUUUCUACGAAUUCAAGGAAUUUUACGCAUUUUAAGUUUUCCGAAAUUUCGUAGCAUUCUAAAUAUUCUAAAUAUUUUUAAAAUUCUACGAAUUAUAUAAAUUCUAAGAAUAACAUGCAUCAUGAGAAUUAUGGGAAUUAUAGGAAUUCUAAGAAUUCUAAGAAUGCUACGAGUGAUAAGAAUUCAAAGAAUUUUAUGAAUGCAAUGAAUUCUAAGAAUACAAGAAAUCCUAGAAAUUCGAGGAAUUCUAAGAAUUCAAGAAAUUCUAAGUAUUCAAGAAAAUUGAAGAAUCUGAGGAAUUCUAUGACUGCAAGAAUUUCGCAGAAUUCCUGUAAUUUGUGAAAUUGAGAAAA